UGACUGAGGCGGUGCCUACAGACGGAGCGACUCUCUGCUGCAGCUCUCUGCCUCCAUUUAAAGUUACCAGACACUUGUGAAGCAGGAUUUGUGAGUGUUGAACCAGCAGCACGAGGAUCUCCGCGAGGAUCUCCGCGAGGAAACAAAGAACCAUGUCCUCCCCCACAAACCCAGAGGUGAAGGAACUGAACCCAGUCGACUUCAUCCAGCUCCAGCACUACAUUGAAUACUGCCGCCUGAAGGUGAAAGACGUCCUGAGGGAAUUUGACGCAGAUGGCCGGCUGGCCCAGCACAGACACGGAGAGUGCAUCAAUGAAGAAGGCUUCCGUCUGUUCCUCAAGACUUACUUAGAGGUGGAGGACUUCCCACUGGAUCUCUGCCAGAGACUCUUCUGCUCCUUCCAAAACUCUGAACCAGCCCAAGAAGAUGGUGCCAAGGAAGUCUUCCUGAAGGAUGUGUCGUGUUACUUCUCUCUGCUGGAGGACGGCCAGCCCAGGGACAAGCUGGAGUUCGCUUUCAAGCUGUAUGACAGAGACGGCAACGGGGUCCUCGACAGCACGGAAGUGGACAGGAUUAUUGCUCAGAUGAUGCACGCUGCAGAAUACCUCGGAUGGGAUGUGUCAGAGUUGAGGCCGGUUCUGAAGGACAUGAUGACGGCGAUCGAUGCCGACAGCAGCGGCACGGUGUCUCUGGACGAGUGGGUGGAGGGCGGCAUGAACAACGUGCCCUUACUGGUCCUGUUGGGUCUGAAGAUGACCCAGCAGGACGACGGGCAGCACCUGUGGAGGAUGAAACACUUCAACAAGCCGGUUUACUGCAACGUGUGUCAGAGCAUGCUGCUGGGCCUGAGGAAGCAGGGACUGUGCUGCACCUGCUGUAAAUACACGGUCCACGGCCGCUGUGCGAACAGGAACCCGGCCCCCUGCACCCGGACCUACGUGAAGUCAAAGAAAGAAACGGGGGUUCCAGCGCACGACUGGGUGAGCGGGAACUGUGACUCGAGGAAGUGUGAAAAAUGCCUGAAGAAGAUCAAGAGCUAUCAAGGUUUAACGGGCAAACACUGUGUGUGGUGCCACACGAUGCGCCAUGAUGAAUGUGCGGAGCAGGAGCCGACUGAGUGCACCUGUGGGCUGCUCAGAGACCACAUCCUGCCUCCAUGGGCGAUAUAUCCCGUUAUAAAGGAGAGACCAAACAAUGUAAAAAAUGGCUGCUCGGCCUCGACAGACGACAGCGAGUUCAAUACAACUCCUGAUGGACAAGUGCUCCAGAUCAGCCCCGUGGCGCACACUCAUCCUCUCCUCGUGUUUGUCAACCCUAAAAGUGGAGGCAAGCAGGGGGAACGAGUUCUGCAUAAGUUUCAGUAUUUACUGAAUCCACGGCAGGUAAACAACCUGACCUCCGGCGGACCUGGAGCGGGACUGAGUUUCUUCAGAAACCUGCAGGAUUACAGGAUCCUGGUUUGCGGGGGAGACGGCACCGUCGGCUGGAUUCUUGACGCAAUAGACAAGGCCAAUCUGCUGGUGCGGCCACCUGUCGCCGUGCUUCCUCUGGGCACAGGAAAUGACCUCGCCAGAUGUCUGCGAUGGGGAGGAGGAUACGAUGGUGAGGAUCUGAGUCGUAUCCUGAAAGACAUCGAGGGCAGCUCCGAGGUGCUGAUGGACCGCUGGAGCGUGCAGGUCAUCACUGAUGAGAACCAGGAGAAAGGCGACCCGGUGCCCUACGAAAUCAUCAACAACUACUUCUCUAUCGGCGUCGAUGCUUCCAUUGCCCACCGGUUUCACACAAUGAGGGAGAAACAUCCCCAGAAGUUUAACAGCAGAAUGAAGAACAAGCUGUGGUAUUUUGAAUUUGCCACUUCAGAGACCAUCUCUGCUUCCUGCAAGAAACUGAACGAAAGUCUAACAAUCGAGUGCGCCGGUACUCCUCUGGACCUCAGCGGCCUGUCUCUAGAAGGCGUCGCUGUCCUAAACAUUCCCAGCAUGCACGGUGGCUCCAACCUGUGGGGUGAGACCAAAAAAGGGGACGCCAAGGGAGUGACGAGUACGGAGGAGCCGGAGGUGAUCGUCGACCCCGAAAUCCUCAAAGUGGCUUCCCAAGAUCUCAGUGACCGUCGGUUGGAGGUGGUCGGCCUCGAAGGAGCCAUGGAGAUGGGACAGAUAUACACAGGUCUGAAGAGCGCCGUGAGGCUCGCCAAGACCUCGCAGAUCACCAUCAGGGUGAAGAAAGCGUUACCGAUGCAGAUCGACGGAGAGCCGUGGAUGCAGCCGCCCUGCACGAUUCACAUCACACACAAGAAUCAGGCCAGCAUGUUGAUGGGUCCUCAGGCCAAGUCUUCCGGCUUCUUCGCCUACAAAUGAAACGUCUGCGGAGCGACCGCGUGCACUCGCUCAUUGUAAAUAGAGGACUGACACUUUCUAAGAUAUAUAAACUCAGUUUGAAUGUGUAUGCUGUAGAAUAAUCAUAAUAACUGCAUCUCUGUAACCAAAGCAUGGCGCAGUGUGAAGACUUCUGCUCUCAGUGUUAUUAGGACUCUCGCUGCCGCCGUCUUCACAGUUAGUGGGAACGCUGCUCUGUAGAAACUUAACGUGACGUUUAAAGUAAAGUAUAUUCAGCUUCAUGUGCCUUUAAAGUCUCUUCCCUAUAGUUUUGCUUUGGUAGAAGACCUGCAGAGCUCUGUGGACGUGCACUUCAUCCGUGUCGUGUUGCUGUUUCCGUUGCGGCUGUAGAGAUGCUGUGAAAAUCGGAUAUAUAAAAUGUUUGUGUCGAUUUGGAAACAAAAGCCAAGGUUUGGAUGAGAUUACGUUUGAGAUCGUGGAUGAAGUUAUUUCACUUUUCUUUUUUUUGUUUUACAUUCUACGGAGUCUGGAAGUGACCAAAGAGGAAGAAAAAUAUAUCGAGGAUCAGGAUUCAUGCAACCAGAUAUAAUUAGUGAACUCAAUUUAAUUAAAUUGUUCCAACGAUUUUAUUAAUUAACUCUCUGAAUGAAAACAAGAGUAAAAGCUGGAGGUGGUGCAUCAUGGGAGUUUGGUGUGGUGGUGCAUCAGCAGUGCAUCAUGGGAGUUCGGUGUGGUGGUGCAGCAGCGGUGCGUCAUGGGAGUUUGGUGUGGCGGUGCAGCAGCGGUGCAUCAUGGGAGUUUGGUGUGGCGGUGCAGCAGCGGUGCAUCAUGGGAGUUCUUCUCCUGUUGUAUAAACUAAAUAUAUCACAUAAUACAAUCGUUUUUAGACCAUUUAAUGCAGAAAUGUUACACAUUAUACACGAGGCCAAGUCAUUCCAGCCGCCUCCUGCUGAAAGCUUCACUUUAUUUUAGGGAUAAAUUAUUAAAACAUGUCAACACUUGCUUUGCAAGGGAUUGUUAUUAAUAAAAGGCUCAUUAAAAUUAUAUUUAGCUCGUGGAUUUGAUCCUCAGCAAUAUGCUGCGGUCGACUUUAUAGUUGGUCAGUUAAAGACUCUGGAAAACGUCGUGGUGGAUGUUUGCAUACUCGGUUAUUUGAUGAGCUAGCAGCUAAUGUCGCUAACAAUCAUCUUAAUUCAGCUUAAAGCUGUUGUGCUGCUCUCGUGUUCAUGCUUUAACCAAAAGCGGGAGCGAUUUAUUCAUUCAUUCGACCUUUAUUUAAAUCUCAAAGUUAUGCCGUAAUUUUCAGUUAUGUUGGGAGCUCAAUUAAAACAGAAAAACAAAAACAAAACAAGAAGAUUAAAGAGAAAACAAAGAACCAAACUACAGAACUCCGUUAAAAACAUUCAGAAUCAUGGUUUUAAAUCAACAUAAAGUUACAAUUUAAUAUGUUUUAAUGUGUGUUGUAAAAUGUUACAAGUAAAAAUAAAAGCAAUUUUCAUCAAAUGUUGUGUUUGCACAUGAGACUUCCAGCGUGAACGAAUCAAUCAAAAUGUAAUUAAAUUAAAGCCUCGAUUGAAUUACUUCUUCUCUCUGUGGUCACUCCGGGGGCUCCGUACGUUUCAGGAGAUACUUGAAAGUGUUUUGGGGAACAGUAACAGGACAGUGUGUGUGUGUGUGUGUGUGUGUGUGCGUGUGUGUGUGUGUGUGUGUGUGUGUGUGUGUGUGUGUGUGUGUGUGUGUGUGUGUGUGUGUGUGUGUGUGUGUGUGUGUGUGUGUGUGAGGGCAGGAAGCAGAGAUCUGUUCACUUAUAACUUAUAAAUUGCGACGAGUCUGAUUUGAAUCUGUUGGUUUAAAUAUGUUUUCUUAUUUAAAUGCUUAGUGAGUCAUAUCAUUUCAAUAUAUCUGGAAGAUAUUUUAUGUAAUAAGCCUGAAAUAACACACUGUAAAGAUUUUAAUAAAUCAUCAGGACUUCA